CAGCGGAAGUACAUCCGGUCACCCGGAAGUGACUCUCCACGUCUUUGUGUUUGUGUUUAUCUGUGCUGCAGAGUGUCUCAGAGUCCGCGAUGCAGGUCUCAGCUGUGGGGAUUGAUCAGUGAUGGUGAGGAUGGACAGCAGCUUCUCUCUCUGACUGGAGCACACAUGAUCAGCUGAGCCGAUCUCCUGACGCUGACUCCAUGCUUUCUGAUGAGCUGGACUCCAAACCUGAGCUGUUGGUUGAGUUUGUCCAGAACGCCUGCAUCCCGCUGGGUGAGAGUCUGGAGGAGGCUGAGCUCAAGCCCUCCUGUGUGCCGCUGGAGCUGCCAGAGAGCGCUCUCAGUCAUGCUGCGUCCCCGCCGCUGUCAGACUUGUGUCCGGAGCGCAGUCCAGUGCUGGUGCAGCUUCAGUCUCCAGCUGCAGCUCAGACACCCACAAUCCUGCAGGAGCUGCAGAACAACGACAGCACAUCAUACAUCCUGCUGAACCUGGCUAAAGGUCUGGCUGCAUCUGCAGAGCCGCUGGUGUUUGUGCAGGAUGAGGUGGACGAGGCUCAGCAGGAGGUUUCGGUUUCGGGGGACGGCAGCACCCCGUGGUAUCUGCGUGUUCAGGAGCUGGCCCACGACAGCCUGAUCGCUGCCACACGCGCACAACUGGCCAGAGACGCCCGCGCCACAGCCAACAGUGAGCACAUUCUCAGUUGUGCGUCAGAUGGGCAGAAGAGAGAGUCGUCUCCUCGGGUCAGCAGCCGCUCAGAGAAGAUCCACAGCUGCCCGUAUGAGAGCUGCUGCAGGACCUUCACCUACCCUGCACACCUCAAAUACCACCUCAAAACACACCGGAACGACCGCACGUUCCGCUGUGGCGCUGAGGGUUGUGGGAAGAGCUUCUAUGUGCUGCAGCGGCUGCAGGUCCACAUGCGCACACACAACGGAGAGAAACCCUUCAUCUGCAGCGAGAACAACUGCGGGAAGAAGUUCACCACCGCCGGCAACCUCAAGAACCACAGACGCACACACACAGGUGAGAAGCCCUUCCUGUGUGAGGUGAACAACUGUGGACGCUCCUUCGCUGAAUACUCCAGUUUGCGCAAACACAUGCUUGUGCACUCUGGUGAGAAGCCUCAUGUGUGUUCUGUCUGUGGGAAGACGUUUUCUCAGAGCGGCAGCAGAAACGUCCACAUGAAGAAGAGACACAGCGGAGACGACAGCAGCACAGAUACUGCUGAAGCGCUCACUCAGAGCAGUCUGCUAGAGGAAGAGGGUGGAGUCAGUCUCCAUCACUCCAUAUUAAGGACUCAGAGCUUCUGUCAGGAUGGCACCUGUUCUCCGGCUGCACCUGCGGACCCGCUUGCUGCUCUGGCUCCGCCCCAUGAGCUCGUCUCCAUGACGACAGGCCACACCUACAGCGAUGAUGUGGUGACUCUGCUGUAACGGCGCACCUUGUAAAUAAACUAUUUUAGCAAA